AUUUGUGUAGCAUCAAUCUUUAGUUAGAUCAUUGACCGCUUUCAAACAUGUCCGAAACACUUUGCCCCUCAUGGCGCCUGCCUGCCCGAGCCUUUGCGUCGGAACCAAAUGUGCGGACAUGUGUCACAGGCAGCAGCCGGGGUCCUGUGACAGCGUUCGCCGCCAAAUUUGCCGGGCGCGUUCGCACUCUCAGAAAAUCUGGGAGCAACGGCCCAGUCCAACGUCUCGCUAAGCGAUAAGGAUCCAAAGAUCCACUUGUAUUUUUUAUCUUCUUGACGUCGAGCAGGCCUCUGGACAACCCUUUCGGUUAAAAUGACAUCUCACGUCGAGCUCUUGUCAAGUGGUUUACGACAACUAGAACUCCAACAGUCUGAUGCGGAUCCUGUCCAGGACGGGGACCCACGACCUACGAAUGACCCUACUCCAGAUACCGAACCUACCUUGGCAUCUUCAUCAGCCAAUGCGUCACGUCCCAAUUGGCGUCAAGCACCAGAGGGGUAUGGCUUUCGACCUGCUUCGGGUAUGUCGACACCUCUCACCUUGGCCUCUAACCCUAUCGAGAGAGGCAGCCCACUUCUUGACCCCCAUGGUCUUGGAUGGCCCGCAAAAUCCACCGUGUCUCGGCUGCAUGAGACCACAACAGAGCGCACCGCGCGUGAGACAAUGAUGGUCUCUGCGGUACGGACUAUCCUUGAAUGUAUUGGAGAAGACCCCAACCGGGAAGGCUUGUUGAAGACGCCGGAGAGGUACGCUCAAGCCAUUAUGUGGAUGACUCGGGGAUACGAAGAGCGAUUAGCAGAUGUAAUCAACGAUGCUGUGUUCGCAGAAGACCACGAUGAAAUGGUUCUAGUUCGUGAAAUCGAUAUUUCCAGCCUUUGUGAACAUCAUUUGGUCCCUUUUACAGGAAAAGUCGCUAUCGCGUACAUCCCAAAUCAGCUAGUGCUUGGACUUUCCAAGCUUGCGCGCAUUGCCGAAACUUUCAGUCGUCGUCUGCAGGUUCAAGAGCGGUUGACUAAACAGAUUGCUAUCGCCGUUCAGGAGGCAAUUAAGCCCCGCGGAGUCGCAGUCGUUAUGGAAGCAACCCAUAUGUGCAUGACCAUGCGUGGUGUACAGAAACCGGGUUCCAUCACCGUCACUUCCUGCAUGCUGGGCUGUUUCCGAACUCAGCAAAAGACUCGAGAGGAAUUCCUUACCUUGAUUAAAAGAUGACCACAGUUAUUUGCUACCUAACGCGCGAUUCAACUCGUAAUAUUAUCGAUUCAACUCGGAGUCACUCAUUCAUCUCAGCUAUAUACCCAUUUAAUAAUCCAUGACUUGCGUAGAAUGGAGCAUCAUCAGCCAUUGGUGUACUAUGUAAUGUAACGAUAUAUACUGCAGAACUCAAGUAGCAAUGUAAACUGGAGUGAAGUCACAUCGCGCUAACGU